AUGCCGGCGGCAACUUCACAGCCGCCGGUCAAGCUUUCGCUUCCUCUGCAAUUUCAGCAGGAGAUCUAUCAGCUCCUUCGCACCGAAGACGUUCUUGUCAUCCUGGCCCGCGGGUUGGGUCUUCUGAAGAUUGUCACGAACCUCCUGCAUUCAUACGAUGCGGCGGGUAACUCCCUCGUGAUAGUUGUCGGGGCAGAGGAUCGUGAAAAUGAAUGGAUCGGCGAAGCACUGGCCGAACACUAUGCCGUGUCUCGCAGUCCCCUGGCCAAAGGUCUUCGUGUAAUCAACACGGACAAAGCCACCGUGGCAGCGAGGGAGAAGAUCUACGCCGAUGGAGGGAUUGUGUCUGUCACAAGUCGCAUCCUCGUCGUGGAUCUUCUUUCCAAGUUGUUGGAUCCAGAAACAGUGACGGGCUUGGUUGUCCUCCAUGCCGAGCGUGUUGUUGCAACCAGUUCCGAAGCAUUCAUUGUACGGUGCUUCAGGCAAUAUAACAAAAUCGGAUUUCUCAAAGCCUUCAGUGACACUCCCGAACCUCUGACCUCAUCAUAUGCACCUCUGGCAAGCAUGAUGCGAAACUUGUUCCUGAGGAAGCCUUCAUUGUGGCCAAGAUUCCAUGUCUCAAUUGCACAGAGCCUCGAAGGCAAGAAGAAAGCAGAAGUCAUUGAAUUGGAGAUUGAAAUGACAGCAUCGAUGAAAGCAAUACAACAAGCUGUCAUGGAAUGCGUGGAAACGAGCAUUUCGGAACUAAAAAAGGCCAACACGGGGCUUGAGAUGGACGAUUGGACGCUGGAUUCUGCUCUUCACCAAAACUUUGACGCCAUAGUCCGCAGACAGCUCGACCCCGUGUGGCAUCGUGUCAGUUGGCGAACGAAACAGAUCGCAAACGACCUUACAGUUCUCCGGACGAUUCUACACUCUCUUCUCAGCUACGACUGUGUUUCGCUGCUAAAGUAUCUGGAUACCGUCCUUGCGACGCAUUCACCUCCUCCGAACUCUAAGCAGCAAGAUCAAUCACCGUGGUUGUUCAUGGAUGCUGCCUCAGUCAUAUUUAACUCAGCAAGAGACCGAGUCUAUACUGGCAAAGUCGAAGAUGGUGGCGUUCUACCCACAUCUAAGUUACCAGAUUCACUCACUCCAGUCCUCGAAGAGCAACCCAAGUGGGCUGUACUCGCGGAAAUACUUCAGGAGAUUGAGACUGAUGCUUACCUGAAUCCCACGCGGAGUGACUCGAAUGAUACGGUGUUGGUGAUGUGCAACGAUCAAGGAACCUGCCGGCAGGUCCGAGACUAUCUUCAGACCAUGCAUGUGAAACCUCUGGCUCGAGAGCCGAACAACGGGCAAGCUCCUCAUGAGGUGGAGGAACAAGAAGCCAAGGGCUCCGCAGAGUUCAUGCUGAGGCGCAAACUUCGAGAAUAUCUCGGGUGGAGGAAGACAUUUGCCCAAGUCAGCGCGUCUCUGUUUGAGGAGAAUCAGAAGUCUCUGAACGAAAUCAAGGGAAAUAACACGGCGUCUGCUCGACUCGGUAGCAAAGCACCCGCCAGCAAAGCACCCGCCAACAAACGCAGGCGUGUGAGAGGCGGAGGGGCCUCGGGCCUCAACCCUUUGCGCACUGCCAGCGGCGCAGUAGCUAUAAUCGAGGACAAAGCAGCGCAAGUGGCAGGUCUGCUAGCAGAGCUACGGCCGACGGAAGCUGAAGCGCUUCAAAAGCACGAUGUCGUGAUUGAUGAUCUCAAUGAUGCUGGAGAAGACCUUUUCGAACUGUACAGCCCCGAGGACCAAGUGGUGGUCCAUCCCUACGACGGCGACCAGGAUGACCAACUCCUUGAAGAGAUCAGGCCGAAAUACAUCGUCAUGUAUUCUCCAUCGGCGGACUUCAUCAGGAGAGUUGAGGUUUACAGAUCAAGCCACUCGGACCGCAGUGUACGAGUGUACUUUCUUUACUAUGGUAACAGCGUUGAAGAGCAGCGAUAUCUUUCUGCAGUUCGUCGGGAGAAAGAUGCUUUCACGAGGCUUAUCAAGGAGCGAGGUAGCAUGGCAGUCACACUUACGGAUGCCGGACAACUGGACCCCGAAGAAGCCUUUUUACGGACCGUCAAUACUCGUAUCGCAGGUGGAGGAAGACUUGCAGCCACAGCUGCUCCUCCGAGAGUGGUGGUGGACGUUCGGGAGUUCCGCUCGUCCCUCCCAAGUUUGCUGCACGGCCGAAGCAUGCAUAUUGUCCCAUGUCAACUGACAGUCGGCGAUUAUGUCCUGUCACCAGAUAUCUGCGUGGAGCGGAAGUCGAUACGAGAUCUCAUUGCUUCUUUCAAGAAUGGACGACUGUUUAACCAAGCAGAGACAAUGCUCCAGUAUUACAAGUAUCCGUUCCUGCUCAUCGAAUUUGACCAAAACAAAUCCUUCACCCUGGAUCCGUUUGCCGACUUGACAUCGGUGCUCAAGACGCCAGACGCCGAGACCAGGGAUUUGCAAACCAAGUUGGUGCUUCUCACGCUUGCGUUUCCAAGGCUGAAGGUCAUUUGGGCAUCCUCCCCUUACCAAACGGCGGAGAUUUUCGAAGAACUCAAGAAGCAGCAAGAGGAGCCGGACCCAUUGCGAGCGGUGCAGAUUGGCUUGGAUGAGAACGAGGAUCCGGAAGAGAGAACAUUCAAUACCGGGCCGCAAGACCUGUUGCGGACAAUUCCUGGAGUAACGGCAAAGAACGCCAGUCGCCUGUACCUUGAGGCCAAAAACGUGCUGGAAGUCGCCAACAUGAGCCUCGAGGAACUAGACCCACUGGUGGGCAAAGAGUCCGGGCGACAAAUCGUCAGGUUCUUCACUCGCAGGGUUGAUGACGAAGAAGAUCAGUCAAUGUGA